CUGACCGGAUGUUUCCGGAGAGCCAGUGUGCUAGCAGUGUGCUAACGGUGUGUGCUAACAGCUAACAGCUAGCAGCUAGUUUAAGGUGUUUAAAGAGUCCUCUUUCCGUCUCCCAGCAGCUCGAGGCCGACGCUCUUCUUCUACUCUCUCUCUCAUGUUGCUGCUCGACUGAAGAAGCUUCUGGAAGCUGCUCGUGCCCGCGAACAGUCUCCAUGGCUACGGAAGAGUUCUACGAGGUGGAGCGUGUGCUGGACAAGCGGAGGAACAGGAAGGGGAAGGUGGAGUACCUGGUGCGUUGGCGUGGUUACGGCGCCGAGGGAGACACCUGGGAGCCCGAGGAACACCUGUCCACGUGCACGGUCUACGUGCACGACUUCCACCGCCAGCAGGCCGAGCGCCAGAGGGACGCCACGUUACUGCGCUCCACGCGCCACUGCAGCCCGGCCCACCGGGCGCCCUACAGGCCCCGCCCCCCACGCUGUGACAUCACCGGGGAGGCCCUCGGACAGGCGCUGCCCCCCCCACUGCUCGGGCUCAGGAACUCCCAGCAGCCCUCUGUGAUGUCAGCGGCUCCGUCUCCAGGUGGUUCGGCCCGGCGCAGUAUGGACCUGUCUAAGACGGGCAUUAAGAUCCUGGUCCCGAGGAGCCCUCUGAUUGGCCGCCGGGACUCGGAGGAGUCCCCCAGCGAGGCCGGCGCCGUGGAGGCCGUCGCCGUGGAGACGCAGGCCGUCCCCCCCGAGGUGGCUGUGGUGGGGGGGGCGCUGGGGCCCGGAGAGGAGAGGGCCCGCAUGGGGACCCGCCCCCGCAGCCAGAACCCCCCAGGGGCCCCCCCCAGGCUGCCCCUCACACCUGCAGCCAUGCACUCACUCUGCAACACAGGUAACUCUGGGUUGAUGGAGGCGGUCGCUGCCAACGGGAUGUCUGGCGUGCAGAGCGUGGUUACCGGGGCGACCGGUGUCUCCGGGGCGACCGGUGUCUCCGGGGCGACCGGUGUCACCGGGGCGACCGGGAAGCGGCGCCUGGAGGAGCGCUCUGCGUUCGACAAGCGCCUGAGGUUCAGCGUCCGCCAGACGGAGAGCGCCUACCGCUACCGCGACAUCGUGGUGAAGAAACAAGAUGGCUUCACGCACAUCCUGCUGUCGACCAAGAGCUCCGAGAACAACACGCUCAACCCCGAGGUGAUGAAGGAGAUCCAGAGCGCCAUGGCGACGGCAGCGUCAGACGACAGUAAGCUGGUGCUGCUCGGCGCCGUUGGCAGCGUGUUCUGCUGCGGACUGGACUUCCUGUACUUCAUCAGACGGCUGACGGACGACAGGAAGAAGGAGAGCAUCAAGAUGACACAUACCAUCAGGACAUUUGUGAACUCGUUCAUCCAGUUCAGGAAGCCGAUCGUUGCCGCGGUGAACGGCGCGGCGCUGGGCCUGGGGGCGGCCCUGCUGCCGCUGUGUGACGUGGUCUGGGCCAAUGAGAAGGCUUGGUUCCAGACGCCGUACGCAUCAUACGGGCAGACGCCAGACGGCUGCUCGUCCUUCACCUUCCCCCGCAUCAUGGGCCUCGCCUCGGCCAAUGAGCUGCUGCUAAGCGGCAGGAAGUUGACGGCCCAGGAGGCGGGCUCUAAAGGUCUGGUGUCUCAGGUCCUCUGGCCAGGAACCUUCACACAGGAAGUGAUGCUGAGAGUCAAAGAGCUGGUGGCAGUGGACUCUCUGGUCCUACGUGAGUCCAAAGCCCUGAUGAGGAACACCACCCGCAGUGCCCUGGAGCAAGCCAACGAGCGCGAGUGUGAAUCCCUGAAGAGAGUGUGGGGCUCCUCGCAGGGAACCGACGCCAUCCUGCAGUACCUGCAGCGGGGAACCGAGCUCUGCUAGAACCAGAACCAGGACACAGGACCAGGAAACAGGACUCACAUUCUGAGCAUGACUCGGCACGUUCUGAGCAGUGACUCGGCACGUUCUGAGCAGUGACUCGGCACGUUCUGAGCAGUGACUCGGCACAUUCUGAGCAGUGACUUGGCACAUUCUGAGCAGUGACUCGGCACGUUCUGAGCAGUGACUCGGCACGUUCUGAGCAGUGACUCGGCACGUUCUGAGCAGUGACUCGGCACGUUCUGAGCAGUGACUCGGCACGUUCUGAGCAGUGACUCGGCACAUUCUGGGCAGUGACUCGCCACAUUCUGGGCAGUGACUCGCCACGUUCUGAGCAGUGACUCGGCACAUUCUGAGCAGUGACUCGGCACAUUCUGAGCUGUGACUCGGCACAUUCUGAGCAGUGACUCGGCACAUUCUGAGCUGUGACUCGGCACAUUCUGAGCAGUGACUCAGCACAUUCUGAGCAGUGACUCAGCACAUUCUGAGCUGGACAGAAAACCUAGAACGUUUCCUCCUCUUGUUGUGAACAUGUAAGUUAUAUUUUCAGCGGUUUCAGGUUUCUGUAAAUCCUCUCGUUCUCUGUGGCGAGGGAAACGGGAUUAUCACAGAUUGAUGAAUCCUGUACUAAGCUAGGCCAACAGUUUCCCCCUGCCUCCAGUCUUUGUGCUAAGCUAGGCCAACAGUUUCCCUCUGCCUCCAGUCUCUGUGCUAAGGUAGGCUAACAGUUUCCCCCUGCCUCCAGUCUUUGUGCUAAGCUAGGCUAACAGUUUUCCCCCUGCCUCCAGUCUUUGUGCUAAGCUAACAAUUUUCCCCCUGCCUUCAGUCUUUGUGCUAAGCUAGGCUAACAGUCAUUGACACUCCGAGAACGAGAGGAUUUCUAAAAUGUUGGACUGUCCUUUUUAAAAGGUGACAUUUGACCUCUCUGAUGAAUUUCUUCACGGAGGAGUAAACAGGAAGUGGAGGGAGGAGUAAACAGGAAAUGAACUACCGACACUGACCUGACUCCAUCAGGACAAACUGAACACGUUCAGACUCAGAGACCCCACACAGAUGCAUUCUGGGUAAAUGUGAGAAGGAUUGUGAUGUGAGCAUGUGCAGAGUUACGGCUACACCACUGGGACAAAGUGAGGAACCAAAGAGAGGCUGAUGGUCUCUUAAAGCUGACUGGUCAGAGCCCAACAACGCUCACUUUUACUGGCUGAACGCAGCUGCCAUGGUCCCUGAAAGCACCACCAGAUGAAGGUGCUUUCAGGGACCAUGGCAGCUGCGUUGGGGUGUGUGUGUGU